CUGGAGGAUUGUGCUGUGAUAGAGGGCAAUUUAAAAAUAUACUUAUUUGAUUUUGAACCCAAUUCCUUACCUAAUCUCUUAGAAAUCACUGGUUACUUGUUGUUAUAUCGAGUAUCAAACUUAGAUAAUCUUAGCAAUGUUUUUCCAAAUUUAACAGUAAUUCGUGGACAAGAAUUAAUGUAUAAUUAUGCUCUAGUCGUAUAUGAAAUGUCAGAUCUGGAAGAUAUUGGAUUACCAAGUUUACGUGUGAUUAAACAUGGUGGUGUGCGCAUUGAAAAAAAUAUGAAUUUGUGUUAUGUAAGCACUGUGGAUUGGUAUAAAUUAACACUCAAUUCAAAAGCUGAUUUUUUCUUCAAAAACAAUAAAUUCGAAGCAGAGUGUGUUAACAAAUGCCCUGAAAAUUGUGUGAAAACAAAGAUGGACAAUGAAAAUAAAUCACGAUGUUGGAAUGCUGAUAGCUGUCAAAAAAAUCUUGGUAAGUGA